AUGGUACUAGAAGCAUCAUUUGUGUUGAUUGAUAACUCUGAGUACAUGAGGAAUGGCGAUAUACUGCCGAACAGAUUCCAAGCGCAAGUUGACGGCGUUGGGUUGCUUGCGCAAGCGAAAAUGAACAUGAAUCCCGAGAACACAGUUGGUUUAAUGACAUUCGCUGGUCCUUCCCCCGAAGUUCUCGUAACUAGUACGGCUGAUGAUGCCAAGAUAAUAGCGUCGAUGCACGAUGUUAAGAUAUCCGGCGAGCUCGAUUUCCUCCAUGGCGUCCAAGUCGCUCAGCUAGCCCUCAAACAUCGUCAGAACAAAGUGCAGAGACAGCGCAUCGUCGCUUUCAUUGGCAGUCCCGUGAGCGAGGAGGUGAGCGAGUUGGAGAAGCUGGGGAAGAAACUCAAGAAGAACAAUGUCGCUGUCGAUUUGGUUGUGUUUGGGGAAGUGGAUGAGAAUGCAAACAAGUUGCACCAUUUCAUUGAGGCUGUAGGUGGAGCUGAGAAUAACAGACUCCUUUGCGUUCCUCCCGGCAAUCAGACGGUGUUGAGCGAUUAUCUCAUCAACUCCCCGGUUAUUAGAGGUAGCGUAGAUCCAGAUGAAGGCGGUUCUGGUUCUGGUGCUGGCGCUGGCGCUCCGGCUUCCUCCUCCUCCACAUUCGAAUUUGGCGUUGACCCCUCCCUCGAUCCUGAACUCGCUAUGGCUUUGCGCAUGUCGAUGGAAGAGGAGCAGGCGAGACAGACUACCACAUCUAGUCAGCCUGAGAACGUGGAACAUAUGGAGCAGAUAGACGAGGACACAGAAACACCUCAUAGAGGCCAGCAGGGCGAGAUUAAGGAGGCAAAGAAGGAGGAUGAUGUAGAGAUGGCUGUGGAGAGUAAGCCAUCUAACCAAGAGGACAGUGCUAUCGCUGAGGCAGAUGCUGACGCUGACGAAGAAGAUGAGAUUCAAAAGGCAAUUGCCAUGUCGAUGCAGAAUAACAAAGAGGAAAACAAGUAA